UACACACACUUACUUUCUCCCUCUCUCUUAUACAUACUCAUACACACACUCCACACCCCAGCCCACAACCGAACCCCAGCUAUGCGAACUCUUGCACCCUCUGCAAUGUUCCUUCGGGCAGUGCUUCUGUUGGCGUUGUUGGUGGCCGUUGCAGUGGCUCGACCGACCCGUUCCGGAUACUGCGGUGCUGACCGCAAGUGCUUCACCUCCGCCGACUGCCAUGGUACUGGUACAACUGACCCCGCAAGGAGAAGUGACGAUGUCAUUCCCCCGCUCUGCUGCAAUGGCAUGUGUGUGAAGAACAAGCCCAAGCGCAGCCUUGGUGAACUUUGCCAUAGCCCGCCGCCUUCGUUGCCUUCCUUUGUGGCCGAGUUCCAGGAUUGCUUUGGUGAGUGUGAUGAGCCAGGCUUCUUUGCCUGCAAGAACGGGCUCUGCGAGCGCGAGUUUGCCACCGGCAACACCGCUGCCGGCUGCGCGUGCUCUGCCGACUCGUGGUGCCAGUCGGGCAUCUGCAUCGGAGCCUCUGGAAGCCUCUCCGGCACAUGCCGGCCGGGCAACCUUCCUCCGGGCGCGUCGUGCACCCACGACCGCCAGUGCUCUUCGCUCGGCUCGUUUGAGGCUGCCAACCGGACGACGGCGUGCGUCAACGGCGUGUGCGCCGGCAUCGAGCCGACCGCCACCUCGGGCAUGCACUGCAACGCAAACAAGUACGAUUGCGCGCAAGGUAACGCCUGCAUUCUCGACCCGGUUGUUGGCGUGUACAACUGCUCUGCCCCGCGCGCCGCCGGCGAGGCCUGCUCCUUCCACCGCGAGUGCGCCACCGGCCUUGCCUGCAACUCGUCGGUCUGCAUCACUGCCUUCUCGGCUCCGGCAGGCAUGCCGUGCUCGGCCGACGUCGAGUGCGAGUCGCAGCACUGCUCGUCGCGUGGCGUCUGCUCGCUCGCGCCCAACUCGGUCCCUGACGGCCAGCCAUGCCUCGACGGCGACAUUGUGUGCCGCCCGGGCUCGCGCUGCGCCGGUCUCCGCAAUCCAGUCUGCCAGCGCAUCGCCGGCACUCCGUGCGACGUCUACGACUGGGGCGGCGCCUCGGUCUGCUCGGUCUCGGGCAAGACCGCCGUCUGCCGGUGCUCCGGCUCGUGGGGCAAGUGCGUUGCGCAGCAGCUCCAGUAUGACGACCUCUGUCGCAAGGAGGCAUUUGCCGUCGCCCGUCACUUUGGCCUCGCCGACGCCUCGGUCGCCCCCACCGCCGUCCUCAACACCGUCCUCGCUGCCCACGCCCACUCCUUCCCGGUCGCUGUCCAGACCGACAUCGCCAAGUUUGUUUGCUGCGUCGGCUGCCUGCCCGACGAUGCCAACAAGGACAAGGAUUCGGGCCUCUAUGGCCCCGUCCAGGCCUACCUCUCGUACCGCGUCCGCAACUGCGCGUCGGACACCCCGAUCAUCGAGGCCACAGACGCCACCACUACCAACCAGUGCACCGCCACAGAGAUCUAUCGCGAGAAUGACAUCGUCGGCUGCCCGGUCGUCCCGGUUGCCGGAAAGUCAACCUUUGAGAAGCACAAGGGCGCCAUCAUUGGCGGCAGUGUCGCCGGUGCCGUCGUUCUCGUUGCUAUCGUCGCCGUCGUCGUCGCCGUUGUCCUCAAGGGCGGCGACAAGUCGUCUGCUCGCCCCAAGCCGGCCGAUGACCCCGCCGUCGACAUGGAUGCCGUCAAGCCGGCCGACGAAAUUGCUGUUGACGAGGUGUAG